GGGGGGGCGGGGGCGGGGGCGAUGCUGGAGGAGGCGGGUGAGGUGCUGGAAUCGGUGCUGAAGGCCUCGUGCCUGCCGCUCAGCUUCCUGCUCUUCGUGCCCGCCGUGCUCCUGCUCCUGGGCCCGCCGCCCGCCGCCGAGGCAGCCCACGAGUUCACGGUCUACCGCAUGCAGCAGUACGAGCUGGGCGGGCAGCCCUACGGCACCAGGAGUGCAGUGCUUAACACAGAAGCCCGCACUGUAGAAGCGGACGUCCUGAGCCGCCGCUGCGUCAUGAUGCGGCUGGUGGAUUUCUCCUAUGAGCAGUACCAGAAGGCUCUCCGCCAAUCAGCUGGUGCUGUGGUGAUCAUCUUGCCACGAUCUAUCUCUUCUGUGCCACAGGAUGUUGUAAGGCAAUUCAUGGAGAUAGAGCCGGAAAUGCUUGCUAUGGAAACCAUUGUGCCAGUCUAUUUUGCAGUGGAAGACGAAGAGCUGCUGUCUAUCUAUGAACAAACGCGGGCUGCUUCUGCAUCACAGGGUUCUGCCUCGGCUGCAGAAGUUCUGCUGCACACAGCAACUGCCAAUGGCUUCCAGAUGGUGACCAGUGGGGCUCAAAGCAAAGCUAUCAAUGACUGGCUCAUACCCAGCGUGGAGGGAAGGCUUACGGGGCUGGGUGGAGAGGACCUGCCCACUGUUGUGAUAGUUGCCCACUAUGAUUCUUUUGGAGUAGCUCCAUGGCUGUCACAUGGUGCUGACUCCAAUGGCAGUGGUAUCUCAGUGCUACUGGAACUAGCCAGGCUGUUUUCCCGGCUCUACACCUACAGACGUACCCAUGCUGGGUAUAACUUGCUGUUCUUUGCAUCUGGAGGUGGCAAGUUUAAUUAUCAAGGAACCAAGCGGUGGCUGGAAGACAAUUUGGACCACACUGAUUCCAGCCUGCUGCAGGACAACGUAGCGUUUGUUCUCUGCCUUGAUACUCUGGGCCGAGGCAAUAGCCUUCAUCUCCAUGUCUCAAAGCCUCCCAAGGAGGGGACCUUACAGCAUGCGUUUCUGAGAGAACUGGAGAUGGUUGUUGCCAGCCAGUUCCCAGAGGUGAAGUUUUCCAUGGUGCACAAGAAGAUAAACUUGGCUGAGGACAUGCUGGCAUGGGAGCAUGAGCGUUUUGCAAUCCGACGCUUGCCAGCAUUCACCAUCUCCCAUCUGGAGAGCCACCGGGACAGCCUGCGCAACAGCAUCAUGGAUAGGAGGGCACGAAUAGACACUAAGGCACUAACCAGGAAUACUAGGAUCAUUGCUGAGGCUUUGACAAGGGUCAUCUACAACCUGACAGACAAGGGAGCACCUGCAGAUCUGCAGAUCUUCACGGAUCAGAUGCAGAUCCAGCAGGAGCAACUAGAAUCAGUGAUGGACUGGCUGAGCAGUCAGCCCAGGGCUGCCCAGCUGAUUGAUAAAGACAGCACCUUCCUCAACACCUUAGAAUAUUAUAUGGGUCGCUACCUGAAGGAUGUCAAACAGCAUCAUGUAAAGGCAGACAAACGGGACCCCGAGUUUGUUUUCUAUGAUCAGCUGAAACAGGUGAUGAAUGCAUACAGGGUCAAGCCAGCGAUCUUUGACCUGCUUCUGGCUGUCUGUAUCGCAGCCUACCUUGGUGUUGCCUAUGUUGCAGUGCAGCACUUUGGUCUCCUUUACAAGAUGAUACAGAGAUUAUCCCUUAAAACCAAGCAGCAGUGAAGUAACAAGUCAUACAGCAGCACUGAGCCAUCGGAGAGCAUACUGAUGUCAGUGGCUCACUGUAAUAGCAGCAGGUGGCAUGGUACCAAGCAUUCCUGAAAUAUCAGCCCUACAGGGAAACUUGCCUUUUUCUGAUCUUUUGAGUGCUUAUUUGAAAUACAUCUCUGCAUGCAUGAAGUGUUUGUGACACUCCUCUGCCAAAUGAAUUUAUAAUUACUUCAGAAA